AUGGUGACAGGAAUCGGAGCAACCGCGCAGCAACAGGUCGCCGGUACGCCGGCCACCACACAGAUUCCCCCGGCCGAGCCGGUCAAACGCUCCAGCGAUAAUCGUCGGAGCAACAAACCGAUCAUGGAAAAACGGCGACGUGCUCGCAUCAACAACUGCCUGAACGAGCUGAAGACGCUGAUCCUCGACGCCAUGAAGAAAGACCCCGCCCGCCACUCGAAGCUGGAAAAGGCGGACAUCCUCGAGAUGACGGUGAAGCAUCUGGAGAACCUGCAGCGCCAGCAGAGCGCCAUGUCGCAGGCGACCGAUCCGAGCGUGAUGAACAAGUUCAAGGCGGGCUUCAACGAGUGCGCCCAGGAGGUGGGCCGCUUCCCGGAGAUCGAACCCGUCGUCAAGCGGCGCCUGAUGCAGCAUCUCAGCAACUGCAUCAACGGCGUGAAGACGGAGCUCCCGAAGCGCCAGCAGCAACAGCAGCAACAGCAAGUGCACAUCCUUCCCUCGCCUCCGAGCUCGCCCGAGCAGCAGCACCAGGAGCUGCAGCACCACCAGCUGGCCUCGCACCUCCAGCACCUCCAGCACCCGCUCGCGCCCCUCAGCGCCAUCCAGAGUGGAAACGGAAGCGUCUUCAUGGCCAACGGCGUGUCCGGCUCGAGCGUCCAGCUCAUCCCGACCAAGCUCGCCAACGGUAGCAUCGCGUUCGUGCUCCCCGGCCAACCCGGCCUGGCCAACCCGCAGUCCGCCGUCGCCGCCGCCGUCUCCCCCGUCGCGCCCCUCCCCAUGCUGGUUCCGAUCCCGACGCGCACCGCCUCGACCGGAUCCGCUUCGUCGAGCCACUCGGGCGCCUCCUCGCUGUACGAGCGGGUUCCCCGCGAGCACACCACCUCGCCCUACCACGCCCCGCCCAGCCCCGCCAACUCCACGUACGAGCCGAUGGAGUGCCACUCGGUCACCUCCCCCCAGCAGUUCCACCACCUCCACCACCAGCAGCAGCAGCACUCCUUCAACAGCACCUCCUCCUCAUCCUCCUCCUCCUCGUCGUCGUCGUCCUCGAGCAAUGGCGGAAGCCCCGACAGCCCCCUCUCGCUCGUGAUGAAGAAGCCGUACCACGACGAGGACGAGGACCAGGAGAUGAAGCACGACGAAGAUGGCAAACCGUGGCGUCCGUGGUAA